UAGCUGAAUCCUUUCUUGAGUCUAUUGAUCCGCUGACACAGAAUCUCCCAAGUAGACCUGCCAAGACAUUUUUAUUGUUGGGUCUUACAGAAGUUGGUGAGGAAGAUCUUAUUAAAGGUUUAAUGGAGCAUUUUGUGAGUGAUGAUGGGAUGAGCCUAUUGUUUCAAAUUGAUAUGUCCAAGCAUGGUGACACAGGGUCAUGUUUUACAAGCAUGUAACGGAGUUCUGAUGUACACCAGCAAUGAGCAAGCUCUCAAGGUAGUGCCAUAUAACAUUUUCCUUAUUGAUCGAGUCGAAGAUGCCCUUCCAUCUGACUUCAAUGGUCUAAUGCAACUGCUUGACUGCUGUACAAUGACUGACCAGCAUGGACGCAAGGUUAUUUUCAGUUGUUGCAUUGUCAUGAUUGCUUCAAGGGCUGGGAACAAGGACUUCAUUGAAAAACUUGUCCACAGGAAAUUUAGUGCCAGAUUCAAUGGGAAUGUCCUUGGACAGGAACUAAAAACAUUUAGGUUCGAAUUGCUGAACCGAAUGCAUGAGAUUGUACUUUUCAGUUCCUUAUUUGGUGAUCAACUUGGGAAAUUCCUGAGACUGUCAAUGGAUGGUGGAGGUGAUCUUCAUGAGAAUCCGGUAAAGGAGGCUCUUGCAUUUGAACUUGCUUUUCAGGACUUGUUUCUGCCUGCUAUAUCUCUACAUGAUCCACCCAGUCCACAGAGCCAAGCAGAUUCGGUGUUCUAUCUCUUAAAAUGGCAUGCUGUUAGAGAUGGUGAACUAGAAGUUAGGGACAAGAGUAGCUUUUAUCGCCACUUCUUGAAUGGUUCAACUUCAUCCGGGAACAUGAAUCAACUUUGA